AUGUCGUCCUACGAAGACAAUUUUACCAAUAUUCCCCCCUUUCCGGACAACGUUGUCACCGCUCCUCUACUUCGCCUUUCUUUUGACAAACUGCUGAAAAAUGACGAAAGCGAAGUCGAACGUUUUUGUACUGCCUGCGAGGAUCUGGGCUUUUUCUACCUAGAUUUCAGGGGCACGAAUCAAGGCAAUACAAUACUCGACGAAGCAGAUCAACUCUUCGCUCUCGGUGAACAGCUCUUUGAUCUUGAUUUAGAAGACAAGAAGAAAUACGAUUUUAGCAAGCAAAAUUCGUAUUUCGGCUACAAAGCUGCUGGAGUAGCCGUAGUUGACCGAAACGGAAAUCCUGAUCGCAAUGAAUUCUACAAUGUAUCGAAGGACGACAUUCUUGAUGUUGCUACUCACUGGCCCGCGCCUGAUGUGUUGAGCCAGUCCAAGCCCUUGCUCAAAUCGUUCAUGACCAAUGCCCACUCCAUUGUUAACCUUAUCCUCGACCUACUAAAUGGUCAUUUGGGACUGCCUGCCUCGACGCUCGUCAACAUGCAUCGCCUGAACCACGCCACAGGCGAUCAAGUGCGCUUUAUCAAAGCGCCACCGCAGCCGGUGGACGAUCGGCGCGUUGCUCUCGGGCAGCACACUGAUUUCGGUAGCGUGACCGUCCUUUUCAACCGUGUUGGUGGCCUACAAAUCCUCCCACCCGGCAGGGACUCAGAGUGGUGUUAUGUCCGUCCUCUUCCAGGCCAUGCGAUCAUCAACCUUGGUGAUGCCAUGGUCAAGUUCACAAACGGCCUGCUCAGAUCUAAUAUACAUCGAGUUGUGUCUCCUCCUGGACUUCAGGUAGACACUACACGGUACAGUCUUGUUUACUUCUCGCGCCCCGAGGAAGAUGUACUCUUGAAACGGCUGAGUGGUAGUCAAAAAAUCCCCCCACUUGCAGAAGGUGUUGUCGAAGAAGACAUCAAGAGCAAAGACUGGAUUGUUCGGCGAGGCUUAGGCAACAGGAUUGAUUUACACAAGGAAAUCGAUUAUGAAAAGAACAUGGGUACCGAAUUGCAAAGUCAACGACUUGGCACAUAG